UAAAUGAACCAUUCAAUGGAAAAUUGCAAUCAGUUUUCCUUUUUCCCUGAAAUCAUGCAUUUUGCAAGUGCGAUUUUGGUUCUUUUUCUAGUAGGAACAGGUUUUGCUACUAAAUGUAAAACCUGCCGAGGUGCAAGCUGUAGUUCAAACACAUUAGAAUUGGAAUGUACUAAAUACUUACCAGCCUUACCAUUUAAUUUGCAAUUUGAUUCCAAUAAAAUAGAAGAAGGCCAUGAAUAUGGAUGUUUGGAACUUACUUACCAUGACGGUGAUUCAAUUCAACAAUGUAUUUUUUCGAGUAAAUUGGAGUCAUUCUGUACGAUUUUGUUGGAAAAUAACGUAGACGUUGAAACGUGCAAUGUAGAACCAGUUCGAGUUGGUUCCAGAAACGUUAGAAGUUUUUAUAUUAAUGCUGAAUUAAAUGAUGAAGAUGUUGAGCCUCAAAGCAAUUCUGAAAGCUCCAGCACUGAAUCCACUACUAAAAGUUCAAGCACUGAAUCCACUACUAAAAGCUCAAGCACUGAAUCCACUACUAAAAGCUCAAGCACUGCAUCUACUACUAAAAGUUCAAGCACUAAACCCACCAGCACUGAAUCCACUACUAAAAGCUCAAGCACUGAAUCUACUACUAAAAGUUCAAGCACUAAACCAACUAGCACUGAAUCCACUACUAAAAGCUCAAGCACUGCAUCUACUACUAAAAGUUCAAGCACUAAACCCACUAGCACUGAAUCCACUACUAAAAGCUCAAGCACUGCAACUACUACCAAAAGUUCAAGCACUGAACCCACUAGCACUGAAUCCACUACUAAAAGCUCAAGCACUGAAUCUACUACUAAAAGUUCAAGCACUAAACCAACUAGCACUGAAUCCACUACUAAAAGCUCAAGCACUGCAUCUACUAAUAAAAGUUCAAGCACUAAGCCCACUAGCACUGAAUCCAGUACUAAAAGUUCGAGUGAUACUACAACUCAAAGUACCAGUACUACCCCGAGCUCGGCAAAAAUGCAUUUGAUUUCAUCUACUUCCCUGCUCCUUCUAAUAGCAGCUUUACUAUUAUAACCAUCAGUUAUUUGAUAUUUUUUUGUAAAAUAAAUUAUAAAUUUA